UCAACUUGGGCUACGCAUUUGUACGUGUUGUUCGAGGCUGGUCUCUAUUCUCAAAUAUUUGACAAUAAAUUACAAAAUACCUAUACUGUGCUUGGUGGUACCUUUGAGAUCAGUUUAUAUGUCAUCUAAGGAACUUGGGACUGACCAGCGUUUUACAUCCCACUUGGAGGAACAUCUGGUCAAACGCAACAAUUUGGGGGCUUUGUCCGAGAUGACACGCUGACAAUUGGACCUUCUCUUGCAAUCUUCUGGACAGACUCACAUGGCCAAAACAUAAUUCAAGGUAAGCAGAACCUUUCUUUUUAGAUAAAAUCUGCAUUAGGGGUCUGUCCUGAGGUCUGUAAGUCAAACACAGAAUUGUACCCCAGACACAGAGUGGUGAUUUUGAUUGAUUGAUUGCAUUUUGAUAGAUUGGUUGCAUUUUGCCGUAGCCACCAUUGCAUAAAAGUUGUGAAUACCACUCACGUCAUUGUGUCAAGAUUACCGUGACGGGCUGCUUCACUGACGAGUAAGCAAAUAGUAACGGGUUAGAGUUAGAGGCUCUAGCUGCGUAUUGUACGAUAAAUUGCACGGGUUAGAGUUAGAGGCCCUAGCUGCGUAUUGUACGAUAAAUUGCACGGGUUAGAGUUAGAGGCUCUAGCUGCGUAUUGUACGAUAAAUUGCAUGGGUUAGAGUUAGAGGCUCUAGCUGCGUAUUGUACGAUAAAUUGCACGGGUUAGAGUUAGAGGCUCUAGCUGCGUAUUGUAUGAUAAAAGUACGGGGUUAAAGGCCGCCGUAUGGUUCAGGGGUUUGAGGCCCCUGAAAAAAAAAUGGACACAAUGGCCAAGGAGUGUGACAGACAAGAAUGUGAUGGCGGCUGGGGAAAAUGUGAUUAGUCAUUACUUUGUAAUGAUCAAUUGAAUGGACGGUUGUCGAAUAGAGAACGUUCCUUGAAAGGGUUAAGAGGGAGUUUACAAUACUCGAAAAGUUGUGAACUCAAACGUCUGGUAAAAUAAAAAAUAAAAUAAAAAAGUAACUGGAAGUUUUAUGGUAAAGUGAAACGCAGAGAGAGAGUGCUUACGUGUGCGUGUGUGUGUGUGUGUGCGUAGGGCCGUAGGCACUUGCUUGUGUGUGCGUGAGUGCUUACACGUGCAUGUGUGUGUGUGUGUGCUGGAUGCGCGUGAUCAUGUGUGUGUGUGUGUGUGCGCUGGUGAAAAUGGAACACUCAGGGAGAGAAUUUAAGAGUUUGGCGUAUGAUAAAAGUAAACGGGGAUUACGUGGAAAAACGAAAUGCAACAAAAGAACCGAUGAUUAAUGACAGAAUUGACUGAUUGUUUUUUUGUCUGCCGCGCAUGCGUAAGACAAUUCAAACGACCCGCCCAGAGUUUGACUAAGCCACCGCCCUAUGACGUAAAGCCGGAGGCGUCUUUAUACCCACUUUUGACAGUCACAGAAGGAGCCCUGGUGGUCGAAACAGAAACAAAGCUCUCUGGUUCACCCCCUACUCCUGUGACAAAUGAGGGCGGUGCUCACACAGCCUCUCUAAGAUUGAACCCUUCUCCAAAACUAACGCUGUCUCCUGAGUGUAAAUCACCUCUGGUGCCUAAGCCCCAAAAUAACAUCCACCCAGCGGAAAACCUCCCGAAUAUGCCUAAUCUUACUAGACAGCAGAUAAUGCAUGAGUCAACGCAAAACUCCUCACUUUACACGCCAGACCAUUUUGUUGCCAUAAACAAAUGCCCUCCCCCAGUAGAUGACAGUCUCUCACGUGCACAUCAGACAUUCUUGAACAACACACAACAGAGCCAGACUUUGUGGUCUCCUGUAACUGUUAAUGGCUCAAUGGAAGGCUACAUUGACCAACACCCACAUGAACCACAUGCAUACAACACACGCUUAAAAAAAAAGCUGGAGGGACACGCAUAUCCACUUUUUCCUGAUAAUAGCGGCAGAUUUCAAUAUAAGCCUUUUGCUGUGGCAGACAUGCAAGCCAUUGUUGACAAACUUCCACCUGUGUCUGAAGGUGGGAGUCUUUGGCUCAACACAUUAGACAAGCUAACAGCAGGAUACACUCUCUCCGUAGCAGACUUUAGAAGCAUUUUGUAUCGUUGUGUUUCCACACAAGAUGGCAAAAAUACAGAACAACAAGCAGGAUUAAUGGCUGAAUCUUCGACCUCACCGAUAACACCAUACGUUACAAACAUAGCUACUGCUAUGCGCAGUCUCUUUCCUCAAGAUGAGGAUGAUAAGGUUAAUGACAGAGCAGCAAGGAAGCAACUCCUUAAUUUACAGAUCCCUGAAGAUAAAAGGUCAAAAGAACUAAUUAGUAAAAAAUCAGCUAGGGAUAUUCAGCACUGGGUGACCUUGCUUCUGAGUUCCAACAGGUGGAGGAAAGAAUCCUCAACAGACGUGCGACCAGACGGUUGGACUCGGGUGGUGGACAACACAGUGCUUCAAAGCCAGUCCGGGGUGGAAACUGUUUCGGCUGUGACCAGCCUGGUCACUGGAGUCGUGACUGUCUGAACAUUUUCGAACAGGAAAGGUUCCGUAGUGCCAACAAACGAACACAAAAGCGUGGCAAAGGACGCCCACCGCAGGAGCCCCAGCAGGAGAUACAGACUGGCCCCCUGCUGGACAUGAGUGUCAACGACAAUGUUAUCAGUUCGUGAUUGACACUGGCGCCACCCAUUCGAUUCUGAAUGCAGAGGGACCAAAGAAACUGUGUGCUUCCUCUUUAAAGGUCAAAGGCUUCGCUGGGGUCACAAGAAGGUUACCUGUCACCAAACCACUUCCGGUUCAGAUUGCUGGACCUCCUUUACAGACUGUACCCUGACAUUCAAAUCGCACAGAAGGAACAUUCCUGGUGUUACCUGACGGCUCAACCACCAAGCUGCGACACCACUACCAAGGCUCCUACCACAGCCUGAAACAACAGGAAUGGCUGACAUCCAACUGCUCUAACAGUGAAAACCCUGACUGGCUGAGAUGCUUCCGUGUGUUCUGCCACCCGACUCGCCAUAUGUUAUGAUCACCAGUUAGACACUCAUACCAGGAGAACUUUGACUCCUUUGUAUAUUUAUAUAUGUUGGAACUCGAGGUGUGGUUGCUCAUGUUGACCUAUCUUUGAAACAACUAGCAUGGUAUAAGAUGGACACAAUUGUGUCCCACAUUGUUCACUUGCUCUCUGUCUCGCCUACAAAACCAAAGAACUUAGGUGCAAUGAUAAGACACGGCGUAGCUGCCAAACAUUACACCGACACCCAAAUACCACAUUUUCAAUUGUUUAGGUUUAGCACAUAGUUGUGUUAAACACAUAACUAUGGGCUGCACUUUAGACACCUGUAGGCUACGAGGAGCUAGCAGCUACACAACAGCUGAGCUAAAACGACACAUUACACAUUUAAGCAUAUCAAAUAAUUAUAGUUGCUCAUUACAUACACAAAGUUGCCAUGGCAGAAGUCUGAUAGAAAGUAUUCAGUAACAAACGUGUCCGCAUCAUUCGACUUUCUACAACAUGAGCUUGACUUAAUCAAUUAUUGGGGCCACCAGGUGUGGUAAAAUUUCAAAAUACUAUUGAUAAAGCAUCCGCCAUACGGGUAGUAUUUUUCUAGUAUUUGUGACAAUAUAAAAUAUAAGCAUAUUUAGUGGAGUUUGAGUUAUUUGUGAUAUUGCUAAGGGGUCCCCUACCCUAAAAACACCCCCCAGUGGACCACAGAGGCUAAAGAGACCCCCCAGUGGACCACAGAGGCUAAAGAGACUAUCAUUGACCUCAAACAUGACUUGUCCUCCGCUACUUGACUAUUAGCUGACCUUUUUCUUAGAUGUUUCUGAAAGUGAUAGUAUGACUAACACAGUCCUUUUUCAGAAACAGAAGGGGGUGAGUGAGGGUGGAUACAGACUCCUUGGAACAAAAUCGACAAUAAUCCGAUUCUGACACAUUCCAUAGUUUUAACAUUUUUCCCGUGGGUAAGAAGUUAUAACUACAUUUUAAUUUGAAAAUAACGAUUUUACACAUCGAUAGUAGUUAAGUAGAUCAAAUUUAGAAUAGGGAGGAGGUGAGGGUGAACCAUGUAUAGUCUUUGAUUUCACUGAUAUGAUCAAUACGGUACAAGGGAAAAGGUACGUACUGACUUGUGUUGACAAUCACAGUGGUUGGCCGGAAGCAACAACAACCUCAAAAGAGGAUGCAAUAUCAGUAAUUAAAUGACUUGUGAAUGACCUAGUACCCCGACAUGGUCUCCCCAAAAAGAUUAGGUCAGACAACGGCAACCAUUUAAAAAAAAUACUCACUUAGCCUUGGUCGAAAAGGCUUUCGGACUAGAACACAGGUUUGGGGUACCAUCCUGAGUCCCAAGGUAAGGUUGAAAGGAUGGACCAGAAUAUUAAAAACUAAUUGGCUAAAAUCUGUGCACAGACCAAAUUUAAUUGGAUUGACAUGUUGCAAUUAGCGUUAAUGAUCAUUCGAAGGUCCGUGAAUAAAACUGUUUUACCGCCCUUUGAGUUGUUCACCCUAUGAGCUGCAUACAGGUCAGCCCAGGACCAGCAGCCGCCAUGGAAAGAGGACUCAGCGUAAAACCAAAAUGGUAUUUUACACAAAAAAUGCAGAAUUUGUGUGCCAGUUCUUCUGUACAGAUACGAGGAUGACAGCCCGCCACUCCAGAUUCCCUUCCGCCCGCUGAGAGGGUCAAGAUCUAGGUCAUCAAACGCAAGUGGACGGAGCCCAGGUGGACUGGUCCCUUCAAGGUCGUGGAACGGACGUCUCACGCCCUUCGACUAGCUGGUAAAGGGGACACCUGGUACCACCUCUCCCUCUGCACUCCUGCUGAAGAACCUGACAGAUCACCAGCGGAUGUCAUUGCUGACAUAGCCACUACAUCUGCCCCACUCGACCCCCUAGCAGCGCCUUUUGAGCCUGAGGCAUCUGAAGAAGAACGGGAGCAGAAAACGACUCAUUUUUAGUGUCAUAGAAGAGCGAGGCUUUAAUUACACACACAUAAUCCUACAGCCCAGAAGACGACGCUGAGAGAGAGAUUUUCUACCUAUAUUACUCUUUUUAACUUCUAUAUUGUAUAUCCUUAUUUGAGACCAGCCUUUAUACUCGAAGUUAUCCAAUUUCUCUUGCUUGUUUUCAGCAUAACUACAUGUGUCGUUACAUUAAGUGAAAAGUUUGAUGUUUAUCCCCGUUUUGUUACCUAAAUUACUCUGAUAUUGAUAGACGAAAGGCAGGAUGUUACACCCGGUAGUGUUCCCUGACGGACUGGUGCUUGGGCGUGUUCUACUGUUUUUGUGUCUCAGUUAAUCCUUCCUGACGACAGUGACUGACAAGUGUCUAAGAACAAACAGCGGACUUUAAAUAGACUGGGUCAAAGGGGAUAGCAAGACUUAUUUUUUGACCUGUGCAGUGUGAUUAAUUACGGGGGACACAAUAGCUAUUACCGUGGUAAUAACCUCUAUAUUUGUUACGACUCAACCCUGAACCAUUGGUGUCGGAUGCAGACAACAUACUAUGGUAAGUGGUGCCCAUCGUCCCUUUUAUGUUGUUUUGGGGGUUGACCUGACUGAUACAGACUCUAAAGGAAUUAUUAAAAUUAAUGUCCUUGAGAGGGCGUUAACUACCUCUACACCCUCUGUAGCACCUAAAGUACCACCCCACCUUGGUGGUGUUUCAAAGGCUCUCACAUCUGUGCGUGCUAAUGACAUCACCACCGAAGGCCUGGUAACUUUGACCUUAGGAGCGGGUAAAGGUAAAACUGUGGCUCAGGUGGAU